AUGUCAAAUCGACGUUUCCCAUGUCUCACCUUUAACGACCUCACCAUAAUCAAGCGUGUAUUUCUCUACGCUCUUCCUGAAACUAAACACACUUUCUUCAAAUCUGUUCUCCCAAAGCUCAAACACACCCUCUCUCUCACACUCCAAUAUUUUCUACCUUUAGCCGGCAAAAUAACUUGGCCUCAAGAUUCCCCUAAACUUGUCCUUCAAUAUACUCCAGGCGACGUCGUUUCGGUCUCCGUGGCCGAGUCCGAUGCUGAUUUUGACCUCAUCGCCUCAAACCACGCUUUCCAUGCCUCCUUGGUUCGUCCUCUGGCUUCUCCUUUACAUGUUUCUGAAACAGGGGCUUCGGUAAUAUCUCUUCGAAUCACUGUAUUUCCCAAUCAAGGAUUUUCUAUUGGCAUCACAACCCAUCACGCUGUUCUAGAUGGGAAAUCCACAACCAUGUUUGUGAAGUCGUGGGCUUACUUAACUAAACAAAAUCCUCCGUUAUUGCCGGAGCUCACACCCUUUUAUGACCGGAAUGUUAUUAAAGACCCACCUGGGUUUGACAUGAUAAAAUACAUGUCAAACCCACCAUAG